AUGAUUUAUUAUGAAGGCAGACAUUUUUCUUUCUUCUUGUUUUUCUUGUUGAAUUUUCUUGGUUUUUCUUUACUUUUUCUUUUUCUUUUUCUUUUUUCUUUUCUUUUUUCUUUAUUUUCCUUUCUUUUGUUUACUUUUCAAUCUUUUCUGUUCUUCACUUUUUCUUUUUUUCUUUUCUUUUCUUUUCUUUUCUUUACUUUUUCUUUUUUUCUUUCCAUUUCUUUUUUCUUCAUUUUACUUUUUUAUUUCUUUUUGUUACUUUUUCUUUUUUCUUUUCUUUACCUUUUCUUUUUCUUUUUUCUUCUUUUUACUUUUUUAUUUCUUUUUGUUACUUUUUUCUUUUCUUUACUGUUUCUUUUUUCUUUCAUUUUCUUUUUUCUUCUUUUUACUUUUUUAUUUCUUUUUGUUACUUUUUUCUUUUUUCUUUUCUUUACUGUUUCUUUUUUCAUUCAUUUUCUUUUUUCUUCUUUUUACUUUUUUAUUUCUUUUUGUUACUUUUUCUUUGUUCUUUUCUUUACUGUUUCUUUUUUCUUUCAUUUUCUUUUCUUUUUCUUCUUUUUAUUUUUUCUUAUUUCCUUUCUUUUUAUUUUAUUUUCUUUCCUCCCCUUUAAUCUUUGUUUUGCUUUUCCUUUUUUUUAUCUUUUCCUUCUUUUUUCUUAUUUAUCUCUGAAAGAACUCCUUCCUAUCAGGCUUUUUUUAAUUCGUUCAUUCUGUUCAUGUUUUUGUCUUAUUUUUCAUUUCAUUUCUUUAUUCUACUUCUCCUGUUUAAUCGUGCAUAAGUCGAUCCUUUAA